ACCAACUUGCUCGAAUUGAUGUUGUUUCAGAUUCUCAACUUGUCGCACAAUAAGUUCAGAGGCACCAUUCCACGAUGCCUUGCCAAUUCAUCAAGCCUCGAGGUUUUGGAUUUGCAAAUGAAUAAACUUCAUGGUACUCUGCCGAGUACAUUUCCAAGGUAUCUCAUUUCAUUGAAUCUCAAUGGGAACCAAUUGGAAGGCCAUUUGCCUAGAUCUUUGUCCAACUGUGAAUAUUUGAUGGAUUUGAAUCUUGGCAACAAUCAAAUAGAGGAUACAUUUCCAAAUUGGCUUCAAAGUUUAGAGAAUUUGAGGAUAUUAGUUUUACAAUCCAAUAAGUUGUAUGGACCCAUUGUCAGCUUGAAAACCAAAGAUGCCUUUUCUCAUCUACUUGUUUUUGAUAUCUCAUCCAAUAAUUUUAGUGGCCAAUUACCAAAAGCCUACAUAAAAAGUUUCCAAGCCAUGAAGGGUGUUCUUGGAGCAGAAGUUCAAAUCAGUUUUGAUUAUUUCCAAACUUUUAGUUAUGGCGGUAUUUCUUCGAUAAACAUUCAAAAAGACUACGAGGAUUCGUUGUCUGGAACAAUUAAAGGGGUUAGAUUAGAUUUUGAGAAAAUUCCAACCAUUCUUGCCAUCAUUGAUUUCUCAGGAAACAAAUUUGAAGGAGAGAUUCCAGAUGUUAUUGGAGAGCUUCAUAAACUCAAAGGCCUCAACCUUUCACAUAACAGACUUGUUGGUCAUAUUCCCCACUCUUUGGGAAAUUUGACAAACCUUGAAUCAUUGGAUCUCUCCUCAAAUAUGCUUACUGGUAAUAUUCCUACUGAAUUGACAAAUCUGAACUUUCUUGAAGUCUUGAAUCUUUCCCAAAAUCAAUUGGUGGGACCAAUACCCAGAGGAAAACAUGAUACAUUUUCAAACGAUUCCUAUGUGGGAAACAUGGGGCUAUGUGGAUGGCCAUUGUCAAUUCAAUGCCAUGACAAUGUCCCUUUGCAACAAGAUCCACCUUCUGAGGGUGAAGACAAAUUUGGGUUUGGUUGGAAACCAGUGGCAAUAGGAUAUGCAUGUGGAAUGGUGCUUGGAAUUGGCUUGGGAUGUUGUGUUUUCUCAAUUGGAAAGCCUCAAUGGCUUGUGAUCAUGUUUGGAGGCAAAAGAAUCAAAAGAAGGAGGCGUGGAAAUCGGCGUGCAAGAACAACUUAAUGGCCACAACUUCUUCUUCUUGGGGCCACUCUCAAGUUCAUUGUUGCAUGGGAAAUUUGUUUCAGAUGUUGGUUAUUGCUGUUGUGUCUUUUUAUAUUUUUUCUUGU